CUCGAUUCGAGGGAGACUGAGGAAGUGCCACGACGUCGAACAAAAAAUCGGAUUGUGCCAAAUCCAGAACCAUGUGGGCCGGAAUGUUUCAAACACGUCGCUGGAAAUGUUAUGGUCUGCGAUUUCUUGUAAUUUUUGCCUAUGA